AUGUCGGAGCACGAAAGAUAUAUCAGCUUUAUUCUGCCAAAGGCACCGAAAGAUUUUGACUUUGCGGUGACGGUAAAAAAGUUGACCAGCUUGUUCGGUGCUGCCGAAUCUGUGAUUAGCCGGAGGUAUCGUUGCCUGCAAAUCGUCAAGCAGCCACAGGAGGAUUAUGUGACGUAUGCAUGCCGCAUUAACAAAUCGUGCGUCGAGUUCGAGCUGUCCAAGCUAUCGGAGGAGCAGUUCAAGUGUCUCGUAUUCGUGUGUGGCUUGAAGUCGGACAAAGAUGCAGAUGUGCGGAUGCGGCUGUUGUCGAAGAUUGAGGAGCGGAAUGAUGUUACGCUGGAACAGCUGUCGGAAGAGUGUCAACGUUUGUUGAACUUGCGGCACGAUACUGCGAUGAUUGAGGAGAACUCAAUGUCUGUGAAAGCCUUGAAGACGAAGCAGUACCGUUUCAAGGGAACCUCGCCGUCGAAGUUCAACCAGUCCGGCAGUGAGAAGGGUAGUUGGAAAGCGAGCAGCGGGAAGACUAGUCCGGAAACAGCUUGUUGGCUAUGCGGUGGCAUGCAUUACGCCAGGGAGUGCACGUACAAAAGCCAUAAGUGCAGCGAUUGCAGCCAGGUAGGCCAUAAGGAUGGCUACUGUCGGAGUGCAGCGAAGGUAAAAUUCAGGCGACGGAAGCCCAACGUUGCAGCGGCCAAGGUAGUGACUGUGAAUUCGUGCAGUGUGCAGGAGCGUCGAAAGUACGUGCCGGCUGGAAUCAAUAGAUUACCGGUGCGUAUGCAAAUCGAUACGGGGUCUGACAUCACGAUAAUUUCGUCGGAUACCUGGUGCAAGAUUGGCAGCCCUUCAACGUUUGCGUCGACGAUCAUCGCAAAGACAGCCAGUGGUAGGCCAUUGCAGAUUGAAGGUGAGUUUUCUUGUUAUCUUUCCAUUGAUCGGCGAGUGUUGCGUGGCUUGAUUCGGGUCACCAAGGAACAGUUACACCUGUUGGGUUCUGACACGAUCGAUGCUUUCGGAUUGUGGUCGGUUCCUUUCGAUUCAAUUUGCAACCAGAUCAGCAGCACUCCGGCCAGUGUAAGCGGGUUAAAGGCAGAGUACCCGAAUGUGUUUUCUGGCGAUCUUGGGCUAUGUAAGAAAACGAAGGUGAAGUUCCAGUUGAAGGCCGGAAUGACCCCUGUGUUUCGUCCAAAGCGUCCGGUAGCGUAUGCCAUGUACCAGACGGUGGACGAUGAACUGGACCGAUUGGAGCGAAAGAAAAUUAUCGAACCGAUAGACUUCUCGGAGUGGGCAGCUCCGAUUGUGGUGGUUCGUAAGGCGAAUGGUACGAUUCGUAUCUGUGGGGAUUAUUCAACGGGACUGAAUGACGCUCUACAGCCCCACCAGUACCCUUUGCCUCUUCCGCAGGACAUUUUCGCUAACCUAGCAAACUGCACCGUCUUCAGCCAAAUAGAUUUGACGGAUGCGUUUUUGCAAGUGGAGGUGGACGGAAGUUCUCGUGACCUCCUGACCAUAAACACGCAUCGAGGACUGUACCGCUAUAAUCGUCUCCCGCCAGGGGUGAAGGCAGCGCCGGGAGCGUUCCAGCAGUUGAUCGACACGAUGCUGGUUGGCCUGAAAGGAGUGAGCGGCUACCUGGAUGACAUCGUUGUCGGUGGUACCGACGAAGAGGACCACAAGAAGAAUCUUCGGGCGGUGCUGCAAAGAAUCCAAGAGUUCGGGUUCACCAUUCGUUCGGAAAAGUGCUCCUUUGGAGAAAGCCAGAUUCGCUAUUUGGGACAUUUGCUAGAUCGUCACGGGCUGCGACCGGAUCCAGCAAAGAUCGAAGUUAUUCAGAAGCUGCCAGCGCCUAAGGAUGUCAGUGGAGUUCGUUCUUUCUUGGGCGCCAUAAACUAUUAUGGGAAGUUCGUGCCGAAUAUGCGUACACUGCGGUUUCCACUUGAUGAGUUGCUGAAAGGAAAUGGAGAAUUCCGGUGGACAACCGAGUGUCAGCGUGCCUUCGAUCGGUUCAAAGAGCUACUUGGUUCCGAUCUUCUGCUAACUCACUACGAUCCGCGACGAGAGAUCAUUGUAUCGGCGGAUGCUUCAUCGAUAAGCGUUGGUGCAACAAUCAGCCACAGGUUCCCCGACGGGUCGGUGAAGGUGGUUCAGCAUGCGGCACAUGCGCUCACGAAGGCAGAGAUGGGUUAUAGCCAGCCGGAUCGCGAAGGUUUAGCAGUUGUGUUCGCCGUAACGAAAUUCCACAAAAUGAUCUUUGGAAGGCAGUUUCGCUUGCAGACCGAUCACGCACCCUUGAUUCGAAUAUUCGGUUCACGGAAGGGCAUUCCCGUGUACACAGCAAACCGGUUGCAGCGAUGGGCGUUAACGCUACUGUUGUACGAUUUCUCCAUCGAAUACAUUCCAACCGAGAAGUUUGGGAACGCCGACAUCCUCUCAAGAUUGAUCAACAAUCAUGCCAAACCUGAGGAGGAUUACGUGAUUGCGAGCGUGAUUUUGGAGGAGGAUGUACGAUUCAUUGCGGACGAAGUGGUCAGCGGUCUGCCAUUGAGCUUCAAGAUUGUGGAGCAAGAUACACAAGUCGAUCAGCAGCUGCGCAAAGUAUAUCGCUACCUUCAAGAAGGAUGGCCAGAAGUGUCGACGAUCGAAGAUCCUGAGAUUCGACGGUUCCAUGGGCAUAGAGAUUCGUUGUGUUCUGUUGGGAAAUGCAUCAUGUUCGGUGAACGCUUGGUGAUUCCUGAGAAGCAUCGACUGCGGUGCAUGCGGCAGUUACACCAGGGACAUCCAGGGAUACAACGCAUGAAGUCCAUAGCAAGGAGUUAUGUGUACUGGCCAUCGAUUGACGAUGAAAUCGUUGGGUUCGUGAAGGCAUGCAAGCACUGCGCAUCCGUGGCAAAAUCUCCACCGCAUUCCCCACCGGUUCCGUGGCCAAAGCCUAGUGGUCCAUGGAAGCGUGUCCACGUGGAUUAUGCCGGCCCCAUUGACGGAGUCUACUACCUGCUAGCCAUCGAUGCCCAUUCGAAGUGGCCUGAAGUGGUGCCUACGCAACGAAUAACAUCCACAGCAACGAUCAGCAUUCUACGGAACAUCUUCGCCCGCCUAGGAAUGCCCGAAACGCUCGUUAGUGACAAUGGUACGCAGUUUACGAGCAGCGAGUUCCAGAAGUUCUGCAGUGACAGCGGAAUUGAUAACGUCACCACGGCACCUUUUCAUCCUCAGUCAAACGGUCAGGCUGAAAGGUUCGUGGACACAUUCAAGCGGGCGCUGAAGAAAAUCCAGGAGGGGAAGAACUGUGUUGGCGAAGCGUUGGACAUUUUCCUUCUAACCUACCGUACAACGCCAAAUCGUCAGGUCGAAGAUGGAAAAUCACCGUCCGAAGCUAUGUUUGGGCGUCGCAUCAGAACCAGUUUGGAUCUACUUCGCCCUCCGCCGGCGCGUCCGCCAAUAGAGCCUAAUCCGGACGAUGAAGUAAGGAGAAGUUUUUCUGCACACGAUCCGGUCUACGCAAAGGUGUACAGCAAUAAUAAAUGGCGCUGGGCACCAGGAGUCGUUUGCGGCAAGAUCGGCAAAGUUAUGUACACGGUCUGGGUUGAGGAUCGUAGAAUGGUUCGAGCACACGUCAACCAGCUGCGCAGUCGUGGUGGUACUCCAGUUAGCAACCGUACGUCACAAUCGUCGGCACCACCACACGACGUUCUGUUAGAUGCGUGGAGUAUUCCUAGAACCACGAUGGUACCGGCAGCACCAUCUCCACUACCAGGACCAUCGACUUCGCCGGAUCUUCCGAAUCCUCAGGCCCCGAAUGCUGAGUCUACACCGUUGCCACCUGUAUCGUCCUUGUCCUCGUCGUUAGCUACGUCUUCGUCCUCAUCAUCAUCGUCUACGUCUACAUCAGCAGCAUCUCCAGAGUUCGCUUUAGCAGAUAGCGGACCAGCUACACCGGUACAACUUCCACGCCGGUCUUCUCGUAUCCGAAGGCCGCCGCAGUGGUUUGACCCGUACCACCUCUAUUGA